UCAAACGCUGGGCAACACUGUUAAACAGCUGCUUUUUGUUGACAGUUUUAAGGAAAACAAAUUACUAGGCGUAAAUUAAUUUUUAUUUCGACUUUCAAGCACCAGAAGUGACUAAAACCAACGCCAUGGGAACCUGGGUGCUGGAAGUGGCCAAGAUGGGCAUGUACAUGGCCUUUCCGGUGACGUUGUUCCACCUUUUCAAUCAGCCGGAAUAUUUCGAGGAGUGGGUGACCAAGAAAAAGCGGGAACUCUAUCCACCGGAGAGCAAAAGCCACCAUGAAGAACUGCAGCGGGCCAUAAGGGAGCACCACGCUCAGCACGACGCCAAAAUGAUGCGCGCCAUGCAGGAGGCGGAUGGCAAGAAGUAGGGGAUUCAUUUCCAUCAAUCCAGCUAAUCCCCCGUUAUAUAAUCGGAGGCAAACAAACAACCGAUGCUCCGGCUGGAUGGAUGACUAACUGCUCUGUAACAACGUAAUAAAGACUUGUAUUAAACCAAACAGCA